AGCACCUGAAGCAAGCCAAGCACGUCAAGUAAGUGAAGCACCUGAAGUAAGCCAAUCACCUCAAGUAAGCCAAGCAGUAACGAUAGCUAUGAAAACGCCAACGGAGCCACAAGGAGACAGACACCAGCACACACACCACAACACAAGAGGUAUUAGUGCCAUAAAACAAGAGUUAUUAGUGCCACUUCAUGAGGUCUUACAUGAAGUAGUAACCAACACAUUUGAAGAGAAGUUGAAUUUUCAGUUUGUGAUGACAAUUAUGUAAAGGAACACGUUCUAUUCGCACAGUAAUGGGAUCUAAAAGUUCUGAAAAGACAAUAUGGGAAUUAGCUAUAGAAGAAAGAAAUAACGACCAAGAAGAAUUAGCUAAACAAGCUCUCUCAGGUAACCAAGAUGUAUCUUCUCCACAUGGGGAUGAAUCAAGUGUUUUUGUAAUUGGAAGUAAAAAUGCCGGUAAAACUUCUGUGAUUUUGAGAUUUCUUGACAGGGAUGAGGCACCAAAAUCAACAACGGCUUUAGAUUAUACAUUUGGUAGAAAAGCCAAAGGUCACAAUAUCGCCAAGGAUGUGGGUCAUAUAUGGGAGUUAGGCGGUGGAACAUUUCUGUCCAAGUUGAUUGAUAUUCCAAUAAGCCAGCAGUCAAUAAGAACUCUCAGUGUUGCUAUUGUAUUGGACCUGUCUUUGCCAAAUGAGUUAUGGGUAACCAUGGAGACACUCCUUAGCCAGGUUAAGUCAAGAGUUAAUAAAGUUUUGGAAGAAUUAGCAAGAAAAAACCCAGGUGUUGUCAAUGAGAUGAAAAAGAAUGCUUGGAAGAAGUUUGGUGAUGAUCAUCCAGAUAAGUCUCUGGUUGAACCAUUCCCUAUUCCUUUGGCCAUCAUUGGUGGAAAAUAUGACAUUUAUCAGGAUUUUGACCCAGAAAAGCGCAAGAUGAUCAGCAGGACCUUGAGGUUUAUUGCGCACAGCCAUGGUGCACAUUUACAGUUUUUCAGCACGAAAUCAGAGAGUCUUACCGGCCGUGUACGUGGACUUAUGGGACACCUUUUGUUCCACACAUCUCUCAGUAAGUCUGUAUCAGUCGACCACAACAAGCCUAUCAUCGUACCAGCUGGUCUUGAUACUCUAAGCCAGAUAGGUGCUCCACCUGUAGCGAGUGAAGACUUGAGCAGACUUCAAUCAAGAAGCCCGUAUGACUUGUGGAAAGCAGCGUAUGCUACUUUUUUCCCGCCAGAGAAAUAUGUUCAAAGAAAUACAGGAGAAGAUCCUUCCAAAGAUCCUCAGUUCUACGAGCCAGCGGUGGAUUCCAUGAGAAAACAAAAAGACGAGGAGCUGGAAAGAUAUCGUAAGAUUGCUGAACGUAAGGCACGGGAGGUCCUUGCAACCACUGGCGGAAAAACUAAACGCGUCCAAAAGCAAUAAGCCAUGCUAGUAAGCUUUGAUGCGGGAUCGGAAGUCAUAUUUAUUUCUACGUUUUGUGCAGCAUGUAUUCUCUACUUUCAAGUUGGACCCGUUCUUUCAUUUGUGUCGCAUGACAAAAUAUUCUCGACGAUGUAUUUGGUUAAAAAUUAAAUUUAAGUAGACAUAUUAGGGUGCAUACCAUAAAUCCUUGAAAAAUGAACUAAAAACUGUACAGAUUAGUGUUAAGUGUUUUAGGUCUACAGUCUACUGAGUUCUACUGAACUUACUAUAAUUUGUGCAAUUUUUUGCAUAGUUUUUGAUGGAUAUAUGGUCUGUAUUCUAUCAAACUUGUGAAUCUCAAAACAAGACUAAAACCUAUGAAACUUCAUGGACAGAGAGAAAAACACAAUAAAAUCUUUGCUACGUGAC